AUGGAGCCCAGCGGGAAGGGCGGCGGGGCGGCGCGGAGGCAAAACCUCCCCGGCGGACUGCAGGACUGCGCGGGUGGGAGGCGCCACGUUACUGUGGAUAGAGCUUUAACAUUUCAUUUUGAAUGGGAUUUAGAAGAAGAACGUCGGGCAUUGAAAGAAGAUCAAAAAAUAUGUUGGAGUAGGGCACAGAAGUAUUUGAUAGAGACAAACAGAAGAAGAAGAGCCUUUGAAGAAAGACAGAAGCAAGAAGAAGAAAAAGAACAAAGAUUUAGAGAACAAGUUCUGCAACAAAGAAAAAUUAAACUUCAGGAAGCAACUGAUAAGUUCCAGCGUGCUCAUCUGCCUUUUUCUCAGCACAAGCAAAUAGCUCUAAUCCCUCUAGUCCAGACAAAAGCAGCUUUUCAGUUAGAAGAAGCUCUUGAACAAAUUAAAGGAUCAGUUUUAACACCAGGACUGUGCUUUCCCAGCAGAAACAAAACCAACUUCAGAACCACAGAUGACACUUCACCUUCACCAGCAUCUAGAAACGAUUCUUUCCAUCAGAAGCAGAUUUCAACAAUGGUUGGCUGGGAUAACACAAUAGAAGAGAGCAGUAGAACAAACAUGGAUAGUAACCAACUUCUCUUCCAGAAAAAUCUGAAAGAAAUGCAACAACUCCUUGAAAAACAACAUCUCAGCAACUUGGAGAAUUUUCAUCAAGAAGUCAAGAAAACAGAUGAUUCAGAAAGCCUGUCAAGCCUUGACAGUCUUGAGGCUGGAGAACAAAAUGGAAAUUACACAACACCGAGUGAAUCAUCUUUGACUACACAGUGUGACUGUGCCCUGUACAAUCCAGAAAAAUCACAGACUAGGAAUAAUGGUUUGCUUUAUACAGCUCAAAGUACUUCUUCUAAAAAUAUGCAUCUAAAUAAUUGUCUGAGAAAUGUAGAGUCUCAAUACUACCGCAACUUACCUAGUCAUGAUCUUUUAGCUAAACAUAAUGUUCUAACUCCUGCUGAACAUGUAAACAAUUCAGAAGAGGAAUCAUCUGCUUCUCACAGAUCUGGAAAAAAACCUGUAGAGUUCUCUACCUCUGGUAAGCAAGAAAGCUCUGUAAGUAAUGCAUUUGGUUUUCUGCAAAAUAUAAAAGAAGAAAGAAGCAAGCCAUCUUCUGGAACGGCUAGCACAUUAGCCACUGGUCAUCCUGUUUUCAAUCCUAGCAAAGCCUGGGCCAGCCCUGAUUCUAUUCCAGGAGAAAGAGUUCAGGAUCUGAUGCAAGAUCAGAGUUGUAAAAUGACCCCACAAAAAAGAACUAUAUCUGUGCAAACCUCCCGUCAACCUAUUGCAACAUCUGUAAUCUUAUUUCCUCAUCAGGGAUGUUCCACUGGCAUUCCCAGCGCAGCUGAUACAUUACCAAAGGACAAAAACAUCAGUACAGAGUUUUUUAAAGAUACUUUGGGAAAAAUGACUGAAACAAAAGAAGAAAAUACUAAAUGUAUUGAUGACAUUAAUCCAGGAUCAUCUUUAUUUCAGGACAUACCAAAUGCCUCAGUUCUGUGCCAUGUUAAGCAACAGAAUAACAAAGAGGAAAAAAAGGGAAAUAUGGUUGAAACUAUGUCACUGGUGUCUGAUACAAAGUUCAAUUCUGGCACUCCUGCACAGCACAAAACCCUGAAAAACAAUAUUCUUGAAAGAAAAAGAGCAAAGUUAUCCAGAAGUAUCUUAAAGAAGGAUUCUAAAUAUGAACCCAGUCAUUUCAAAGCUGUGGUUAUGAACCACGGGAUAAGUUUUGGAACUCGACCCAUGUCUUCUAUCAGAGACAGUUUAGAACUGGCAAAAAUAAAAAAGAAAACUGCAGAAAAUGAAAAAUACAAUAGAAAGCUAAGAUGGUGUGAUCAAAUUAACCAGAUAAUAAUAGAAAAUAAUGAAAAAUGCUAUGAAAAAGACACCAGUGAAAUAUCUUCUGCACAGCUGCAAUGUGUUCAAACUACAAAUAAUUCUCCUAAGCCUAAUUUAAGUAUUGUUGCUCAACCUUCAAACCCCAUGUUCAUAACAAAUCAUCAAGAAAACUCUUAUAUAUCAAAACCAAAUGUUAAUACUGAAGAAUCAAAUAAAGAAUGUACAUCUCUGAAUAUAUUUAUGUCUACUGGAUCCUUUUCUGCUAAAAAAGCUUGGAUGGUAUCAAAAGAUGAAGAAAGUAAACCCUCAGUAGGUAGUAAUAAUUCUAAAAUUAAUGAAGGUAAUCAACUCAAAAAUAAGGCAAAAAUAGCUAGAAGAAAAACAUCUGUAAGAGCCCAGUCAAGUUUUAUGCCCAAGAAGAGAACAGGCACUAUAAUCCAACUGCAGUCGGCCGCUGAAGCCAACAAAACUCAAAAAGCUCCAGGGAAAUUGCUAGCACCUCACCCACCAUCCGCACCUCUGCCGGGAAACAGAAGUGGCGAAAACGCAGCCAGCCCUGGGUGUCAGCCACUGCCGCCUUCAAGUCUUCAAGCUACCACCACAAGCAGGAAUGAUUUAAAUGAAAGGCAUGUUGUGUUAGCAGAUCGAGUUUUAAAUAGAAACGGUACAGAAAACAGUGAGAGUAUUACUUGUCAUUCUGACUUGGCCACUGCGAUAUCUACACCUGGCUGCAGCACGGCCAAAUACGAACCUUGGGCAAAAAAUACUCGUUCUGUAAAUAGUGUUCAGACAAGCGCCUGUCAAGAUCAUUCAGUAACUGAAAGAAGACCUGUUAACACAGAAAAUGGAUUACAUCUCCAUCAUAUCCCAGCAGCUGGAAAAACAAGUACCUCCUGGCAAGGAGCGCAUGCUGCCCGAGCUCCAAAAGACUCUGCUACUGGUGUUGUUCCUGUUACAAGACAAAAGCAGGUUUUUGACAACCAUGAAAAUAAACACAGAGCUUUUCCAGAACACAGAAGACAAAGUGUAGCCUCUAAAAGAUGGAAGCCUACUCAUCAUGCACAGAAUUCAUUAUGUACUGUCCAGCUGAGUCCUGUUCAGUCUGCAUUUGAUCCAGUACAAAAUAUGAAUAGCACCUAUAAGUCUGAUGAAGUUUCAGAAAGCACUCUUCAGUUUCUUAUGGCAGAAAAACUAGCCAGUACACCCGUUGCAGAGGAUGAAAUCCUGGCAGCUAUGGAAAGUGUGCCACCAGCCAGACAGCCCUUACUGCUUAACAGGGCUCCGUGUCCAGGCAUGAGUGCACUUUCAGUAGAAGAACAGAAGAUUUUCCAGUCUCUUGAUCGUCUCAAUCAAAGGCUACAAAGUGUUCAAGAAGCCAUUACCAGAAACCCAUCUGCUUCAAAUGUUUUGCAGAUAACCACCCCUUUAAGUAUUCAGCAAUGUCUGUCCUUCCCUCUGGUGAACACUACAGUAGCCUCACAGCAGUACCAGAAUGCCUCAGCUAGCAAUCGAUCGCAAUUCUACAGGAGAUACUGACAUUAUCUGCUCCAGGAUAUUGCAACUUUAUGUACUUUAUAUGUAAUGUGUAUACUAUUUGACACUAUGAAAUUAGCAACAAAAUAAAGAUGAAAGCAGUAACUCAAAUAAUGAAUGUCAAUUGACUGGUAAGCGUUUUUAGGAUAAUUAAGUCUAUUUUAUUAUGCAUUUUAUUGUAAAAUUAAAAGAAUGAAAAUACUUCACAUUUUUAGUGUUUAUAUUGUUUGUGUAAAUUUCCUGUACCCAUAAUUAAAGUGAAAGGAAAACAAAUAUUUUGCUACUUAGAUUAUGUGUAAACUACUUUCCUGACUU